AUUUGCAUGUUGUCGUUUGGCUUUUGAUCCCCAAUGUUCGGAUCUCGGGGCUGGUCGAAAAAUAUAUAUUACAAUUUCCAGCACGAAUAAAAAGUUUUUACGAAAUUACACGCUGUGGGUAACUAAAUAAAUCUGGGUUUCAUAGAAAUCUUAUUCGAAAAGAUGAGUAAGCUUCUCCCGUCCGCCGCUAAGCUCUUUAGUGGACCUACAAUAACGAAAGCUGCUGCCCCAGUGGCGAUUACGUCGAACGCAAAGUAUAGUACAAAAUCGGAGGCUACAUUUGAAAUUAAGCCAUACAAACUACACAAGUUGGAAAAAGGUCCUGCAACAUCUGCUUCCCUGACAGCCGAAGAUGCAGUCAAAUUGUAUGAGAAACUUGCAAUGAUCAGGCGAAUUGAAACUGCUUCUGGAAAUUUGUAUAAGGAAAAGAUUAUCCGUGGUUUCUGUCACUUGUAUUCAGGCCAAGAGGCUGUAGCAGUAGGUAUGCGCGCAGCAAUGCGCGAUGUGGACUCCGUAAUAACAGCAUACCGUUGCCAUGGCUGGACCCAUCUAAUGGGAGUCAGUGUAGUCGGCGUUUUGGCUGAACUGACCGGACGAUCGACCGGUUGCUCCAGAGGCAAAGGUGGAUCCAUGCAUUUGUAUGGACGAAACUUCUACGGUGGCAAUGGCAUUGUAGGCGCUCAGGUGCCUUUAGGUGCGGGCCUAGCUUUCGCCCAUAAAUACAGAGGGGACGGUGGUGUAACAUUUGCCUUGUACGGCGACGGUGCAGCCAAUCAGGGCCAACUUUUUGAAGCGUACAAUAUGGCCAAACUCUGGGAUCUACCUUGUGUGUUUGUGUGCGAGAACAAUGGUUAUGGCAUGGGCACAAGCGUGGACCGUUCGUCAGCCAGUACCGACUAUUACACCCGCGCGGACUACAUACCCGGAAUUUGGGUUGAUGGCAUGGAUGUUAUCGCCACCCGCGAGGCGACAAGGUUCGCCAUAGACUACUGCGCUAGUGGGAAGGGACCCUUGGUUAUGGAGAUGGAGACGUACCGGUAUUCCGGACAUUCCAUGUCCGAUCCCGGAACAUCGUACCGUACCAGAGACGAGGUUCAAGAGGUUCGGCAGACACGUGACCCCAUUACGUCGUUCAAAGAGAAGAUUCUUUCCAACGAACUCGUCACGCCUGAUCAGCUCAAGGAAAUCGACGUCGCAGUUCGAAAAGAAGUAGACGAAGCUACGAAGCGCGCGAAGUCCGAUCCCGAGAUACCUGCAGAAGAACUCGCCGGUGACAUUUACUACAAUUGCCUCGAAAAAGAAAUACGAGGCAUACUUCCGGACACGCCGUUGCAACACGUGCAAGUCGUUGCACGCAAUUAGUAUAAUGCAGGUUAUAAAACGGGCUAGAUAUUGCAAUUCCUAGAUACAAUGGUGUAGCCGGCAAGUUGCCGGCAAUAAGCGUUUUCACUCAAAGGUGCGGGGUUGUGGCGUGCGCAAGUAUAUUUUCAGCGCUCGUGCGUUUGGAUCAACAAUAGACAUUUCACGACUGUUAUCGGGAUUAUAUGCUUGCGCGUCAACGUGAAGUUCAACAGAAUUAGUGCUAACUGCUUUCGUAUGCUCGAGCACUUUUACAACUGUCUAAUAUCGAUGGUCUAGAAGACAUUAUUGAAUGAGGAUUUUGUAUCAAUCGCUCUCACCAGAGUGACUGAAUGAACUAAUAAAUGAAUAUAAAUUUGUGUUGUAAACCACGGAUAAAAAUAGCAAAAACGCAAAUGUAAUAAUGUGAACAAAUAUAAUAAUCAGUGAUAGAUUCUUCGUCUCUAAGAAAAGUGGUGGUUUUACAUCAAUUGCCAAUUGAUGAUAGUAGCUUUUCAUAAAACUUUGAACUGUUCUCAGGAUAAAAUACAAACUUGGUUUUCUAGACCCAAUAUAUUAUUCUAGUCUUUGGCUCCAGUUAUCUAUAUAAAAUUAAAUUAAUUCAUAAUUGUAUAAUUUGGGAAGACAAAUUUGACAUUUAUCGUAUGACCUCAAAAUACCAUUUCCUCGAGCAGGUACGAUUCUGUAGUCAGCAAGUUGCCGUCUAGAUUAUUAUUUGAAUUAGUGCAAAAUAAAUCGUAAACUUUCUGUAAAUUGGCAAUUUUUUAUAGCCCGUUAAGUAUUGUUACAGGUUAAAACUGGUCGCACAUGAAUGAGAAUGCGACGUACGUACGCGGUGUACGUACGUCGCAUUUUUAUCGCGCAUUUUAAAACUUAAAAUGCGGCGUAUACGGCGCUUGCUAUAUAUGCGGUCAGCUUAAGGCGAAUUUACAAGUAGUAAGUAAAUCGUGUAUUCCAGGUCCAAGUCUAUAGGGGUAUUAGUUAUGAAUCGGUUAGUUGAUAUUUUUUAAAACUUCAUAGAUAUAUCUUGCUGUCACAGUGUGAAUUCGCCUUAAGUGGUCUAGUGCCAUUAUCCCGUUGUAAGAAAACAAUAAUUAAAAAAUAAGCAAUACGUAACAAAAAUAAUUAUAUAUUUAAAUGAAAUAUGUGUUUUCUUUCAAUCGUUUUUGUUAUAAUACGGUGAAGUAAUUUAUGAAGAGAAAGUUUGUUACCUGUUAAAGUUUAAAAUUAAAUUUAGAAACUUAAUUAAAGGUUAUUUUGGUGUCAAUAGUGCUGUGCAGAAAUGUGUUAACUAAAUUGACAGGUCUGAAAGUAGUUCUGUAACAACAUCCUCUGUGGACAAGGACAGCGUUGUUUUUAGAUUUGUCAAUUUAGUUUAGUUCCGAGAUUUGUGUACAACAGAUUUGAUACUAUUAUGCUGGUAAGGCUGCUUUUCCAUCAUAUUUUUGUAUUACUCUAAAUGUUGACUGAAAUCUCACCCGGUGGUAAGUAAUCAUGCAGUCUAAGACGGUAGUGGGCUAACCUGUUAGGUGCAUGGCAGUGGUAGUUUAGUUGAAGAAAUUAAAAAUCUCCUUAACUCUUAAAAGUUUGAGCUGUCUGUCGGAGAUCAAACUCGUAAAAUCCCCCCCGGAACAUAGCGCAUUUUUGAUCGAAAAGCAGUCUUAAGGUUGAAAAUUGUAUUGUUAGUAUAGCAGUAAUUGCGAGUAAUUGUAUUUUGUGAGGAGUUGCAUUCUCCAUAUCCGAAAACGUUUAUCAAAUUUAAAAAAAAAACCUCAAUCAAAUCACUUUUAUUCAUAUGCGUGAAUAUCGUCUAACAUAAAUACACACUAAAAAAGCUAUCUGAAGUUGGUCGCAAAUGGUGAUUAAAAUAAGUGAGAUAAGUCUCCCCAAAUCAACACCUCACAACCUCAGCACAGAUUUCUGUACUAAAAUAGACCUACUUAUAGACCCUUUUGAGACGAUCAUACAUAAUUUUUUGAUUAUUGUAAGGUGAAGGUAAUAUUUAUACCCAUACUUCGUGUAAUGCUGUAUUCACUGCUUCACACCGCACAGUUUGAGCACAGCGCAUUAUUCGUUCCGCGCAAUAAGCCAUCUACUCUAGUAUUAUUUUUGCUAUCACCAUCUCUCAAUGUUGUAAAUUAUUGAAUAACUAAACUAAAUUGAUGUGGUUUUGUUCUUUGAACAUAUAUGCAAUGCAUUUACUGAAAAUUUAAAUUUUCACAUCUACAUAGAGACGAAAAACAUAACGGUAAACAGUAGUGGUAUAAAACAGUACCAAAAUGUGUAUUUCAAUUGUCAUUCUGGCACAGAUAAAAUUAUAAUUCCAUGGAGAAUCAGGGUCCAGUUAUAGUUGUAUAGUUAUCAACGACAUCAAAAUUUGACUUUAAGCAUGUCCCAACUCUUUAUGUAGAUGGAGGCCAUUUCUAUACCCCAUGCGAUGUGUGUCAGUGACAGCAGUUUGUCAAUAUUUAGCGGGAUAAAGGUACGCAUCCAUUGAGUUGUACCGUACACACGGGGCUCGUUUUACUUUGUCACGCUGCAGCCGCUAUUUGCCCGCAGUCCGCACUGAGCCAAUUCCGUACAAUACGUUGUGCGCCAUGCGUACGUUACGGCCGGCGUGGCUUAGUCUACGCGUACCUUAAGAAUUUACUUGAUUUUUUAAAUUGAUCUUAUAUCUACAUUUAAUGUAGUAUGUUACCAUCUUAAUAAUUUAUAGAAAUAAUUAUGUUACAUUUAGUAGAAAAUAUUUUAAAAAGAUCUUAUUUGUUAUGUUUAGAGAUGUUCUUUAGUUUAUUUCUUUUUUGUCAUUUUUUUUAUUAUUUUCGCAAUCUGAAACUGCCAGCUGCAACUGCUUAAUUCAUAAUUUUUCAAUAAUGU